ACAAGUAACAAUAAAGUUAUUGUUAAUUCACACAAAAAAAUUAAAUUAAACACAGCAUGUUAAAAAACUUAAAUGCUUUUUUUAGCCAAAGAGAAGAUUGACCUUAUCAAGCGGUCAGUUAGACAGACAGGUGGUGGACCAGCACCUCCCCCCUUGACAUCUGCAGAGGAGGCAUUGGCCAAUUCACUGGAUGGGAGGCCAAUAGUUGAAGGGAUAGAUGGAGGGAUAGAUACAGAUGCCAUUGAAGAAAGCAGUCCUGCUCCAUGCAGUUCAUUGUCGGAUGCACCUACAUGUAGUGCAGCUGCUACACCUCAAGUGUCCGAAAAAAACAUCAUGAAGAAAACAAGGCCGGGAACGUGUUCAGAAGUAGACAAAUUAUUGGCCGAAAACCUAAAGAUGGACAAACAAAGGCUGGAGCUAGAGAUUCUGAAGCUGAGAAAAGAAACUGAAAAACUUUCGGAGGAGACUGCCUAUUUUAACGUUAAGAAAUUAUAUUAUCAGUUAAAACUGCAAACAGAGUUCCAGAUUCCUAUUGCUGAGCCUGAAAUGUAAAUUACCUAGUACAUGUAUUGACAUAGAUCCCCCCUCUCUCUCUUCAAAUGAUUAAAAAACAUAAAGGCAUGAAUUAAAUAAUGCAGCUAGAAUUUAUUAAACAUGUUCUAUGAAUAAAUAUACAAUGUACAUGCAUUAAUAUGACACUGAAUAGGCCUUUCAACUAAUUUUUCAUGUUGCACAUAUGGUAAAAAACAUUGCAGAGAUAGAUUUAUAGGUACAUGAAAUUAUCAAAAAAGAUAAUAACUUAUGCAUACAUUUAAUUAAACCAUUAAAAAGUUUAAUUAUUUAUAAAUGACUUUUCCGAUAGGUAACUCGGGUGUGAAAAAUGACCAACUUAGUGCAGAUUUAUGAGUUAUUGUUUAUAGGAAUGACAUAUAGGCUGCUUCAGAAUUGGAAUUGUUAUGUACACAAAAGGGUUCCUUACAUUGUUUUGUACACAAAAGUGUUCACCAUGAGAAAGAGAUUUGCCUUCACUCUACCUGAAAUAACAGGGUCAAAUGAAUGGGUAACAGACUAUAUUCAAUAUUUUUAACUCUCUUUGACGAUUAUUAUGAAGAAGAAAAUUUAAUGUCAUGUUUUUUGUGUUCGCGCUUUUUCACUUCCUAUAUAAAUAUAUAUAUUUUUACAAGUAAAUGCAGCAGUUGAUCAUCUUACUUGUGUAACUAAGCACGAAUGAGAAUGACCGUGAAUAAAAAUUUAAUUAGGUUAGAACUAAGAAGGAGGGUAGAUUUCACUUUUUAUUUUAAUUAAAACUUUUAAUUAUAUGUAGUGAAAUGGUGUCCGCAACUAUACAGUAAAUAAGUUUAACAUUGGUGCUAAAUUUUAAAACCACUGGAUUCUACUGAGAGCAAAGAAAUCCUUAGUAAAUGCUAAAAACUGCCUUGCGUGUAAACAGUUAGAUACCCCGUGUCUGCUCUCAACAUGUUUUAAUAGUGAGUUAUUGUUCAUAAAACCGACCCCUAGCCGCAAUUGAAAGGCCUACACUGAAGUAUUACAUACAUGUACAUGUAUACUGUACAAAUAAUUUUAUUGACACACACAAUAACAAUAAUAGCUUAAAAUAUUAACUAAGAUCCUUUUCCACAUUGUUAUGUAUAAAAAUUAAAAUGUCAUAAUUCAUUUUUAUUUGGUAAUUACUUAGAUUUUUCAAAUAUUGACAACUUUGCAGAAAAUUUGAAAUUUGUACAUAUUCAACUGUUACGUAGUUAGAGUUAUCUGCCCUUAUAUCUAAGAAAUUGUUAUUUACCGUUAAUCACAUAAUUUAUAAAUAGAUUAAACUAUUUUUAGCAUUAUAUAAGAUCAAGAGUAAGAAAUUUAAUUAUUUUCAUUAAUUUUCCCAAUUUAAGCUAGUAAACAACAGCAAUUUCAGCUCACAAAUAGUCCAGUGUCUUUGAACAUUUUUCCUGUGCAAAUAAGGCACAUAUGAAAUGAAUGAAGGAGUCUCAAUAUGCAUAUUUUUACAAGAUAUAUUUUUCUAUAUGAGUUCAAAAUAUAAAAAACAGUUUUUGUUAGUGUCUAGAGCUUUCUUAAUCACAAUUCAUACUAAAAAUUUUUAAUUCACAUGUAUAAGAAAAUAGAACAUAUACGAUCAAAGUAUAACAGUAUAAGUAUGUGUGAAAAGAUGAAAUUGUCAUUCUUUACAUCAUGAUGAAUAAUACUGGGUGUAUACAAAACAUAUAAUGCUGUUUUUGUAUAAUAGCUGUAAUUUUAUGAAAAGAUUGCCUUAUAUUCUGUGUUGGAUACAGAUGCAAAAUGAUUUUGCAAAACAUUUAUUGGAUAAGUAUAGUGUUACAAUGAUUUUAUAUAUAUAUAUACACUGACUUAUUUUCAGAAAAAGUGACAGUGGUGAUGUUCACGUAAUUAAAUAAAUUCUUUAUUGAUCACAAAAUUUAGAGUUUU